CAGUAUGUCAAGGGGACAUUUGUUAGGGUCCGUGUCCAUGUGUCUACCAGCUGUCAGCGGGUGCCCCCAGCCCUCAGACAUCCGCUCUUACUUUACACACUUUCAACGCACACCUCUCGGGGACUCGUGGUCUUUUGACAUUUUAUUGAAGUUUUUUCAACCUUUAUGGAACAUUUGCUGUCAGUUCGCUGUUUGGGCUCACGAAGCAGGCGUGGGCGACAGAUCGAAAGCGCGUCGAAUGCUUCAGGACCCGUCCUUAUCUAAAGGAUGCGUUUUAACAUCAGAUUUGAUUGGCGCGAUUUGCGAUCACUCAAGUGGACCUUAUGUGUAGGAGAAUAUCACCUUAUUGUUUGUUCCCCAGAUGUGUGGGGUGAGUUGGCACAUGUUGUGUAGGCUAUAGCCCCUCCGCUAAACUCCACACGUGUGGCGUAGUAAGACUUUGCUUCGACGGAGGCUGCGCACCAGUUUGGCGUUAAAUCAGUUCCGGGACUUUUGGUUUUCACCUCUCGGGGACUCGUGGUCUUUUGACAUUUUAUUGAACUUUUUUCAACUUUUAUGGAACAUUUGCUGUCAGCUCGCCGUUCUGGCUCACGACACACAGCCGAAAAAACGUACUUUUAACUUGCUAGACACAAGCAAAUACAAACCGGCAUCCUAAAACCGGAAGUCUGUGGGCAGCUUCACUGAGCAGCGUGCAACAUUUCAUCAUCCAACGUAGGCUACCGUCGGGCUGGCCAGAACAGAGUUUAGCACUGCACAACUCCAGCUUUCAUUCAGGAACUGUAAGGCUCCCCACUCGCAGACAUGUGUGGGAUUUGGGCGCUGUUCGGCAGCGACGACUGCCUCUCCACGCAGUGCACCAGCGCCAUGAAGAUCGCCCACCGUGGGCCCGACGCCUUCCGCUUCGAGAACGUCAACAGCUUCACCAACUGCUGCUUCGGGUUCCACCGGCUGGCCAUCGUGGACCGCCUGUAUGGCAUGCAGCCUCUUAGGGUCAAGAAGUUCCCCUUCCUGUGGCUCUGCUACAACGGAGAGAUCUACAACCACCUGCGGCUGAAGGAGAAGUUUGAGUUUGAGUACCAGACUAAGGUGGACGGGGAGAUCCUGCUGCACCUCUACGAGCGUUUUGGGAUUGAGAAGAUGGCUACUCUGCUGGACGGCGUCUUCGCCUUCAUCCUGCUGGACACGGCAAACAGGAAGGUCUGCCUGGGGCGAGACACCCUUGGGGUGCGGCCGAUGUUCCACAUGCUGACUGAUGACGGCUUCCUGGCCGUCUGCUCUGAAGCCAAAGGCCUGACGGAGAUCACCCACUCCAUGGCCAGCCCCCCCGAGAUCAUCCCCUUCCCCCCGGGACACUUUGAGGUCUUCACCCUGAAGACCAGCGGGAAGGUGGAGUCUGUUCAGCUCAAGCGUUUCCACAGCUGCACCGACGAGCCCAAACAUGCCGUCCACGACAGCGUCAGAGGCCUAAUUUCAGGGUUCGAGCUGGAGACGGUAAAGAGCAACCUCAGAGUCCUGUUUGAGAACGCCGUGAGGAAGAGGCUGAUGGCCCACCGGAGGAUCGGCUGCCUGCUGUCAGGUGGGCUGGACUCUAGUCUGGUUGCCGCGACGCUGGUGAAGCUGGGGAAGGAGGAUGAGCUGAAGUACCCAGUACAGACCUUCGCCAUCGGCACAGAGGACAGCCCUGAUAUCCUGGCAGCCCGCAAGGUGGCGGCACACAUUGGCAGCGAACACCACGAGGUGAACUUCACCCCUGAGGAGGGCAUCCGGGCCAUCCAGGAAGUCAUCUACCACCUGGAGACGUACGACAUCACCACCGUACGCGCGUCCGUCGGGAUGUAUCUGGUGGCCAAGUACAUCCGUGCGAAGACUGACAGUGUGGUGAUCUUCUCUGGGGAAGGAUCGGAUGAGCUGACCCAGGGCUACAUCUACUUCCACAAGGCCCCUUCUCCUGAGGCAGCAGCAGAGGAGAGUGAGAGGCUGAUGAGGGAGCUCUACCUGUUUGAUGCGCUGAGAGCCGACCGCACCACUGCCGCACACGGUUUAGAGCUCAGAGUCCCUUUCCUGGAUCACAGAUUUUGUGCAUAUUACCUGUCCUUACCUGCAGAGCUGAGGACCCCCAAGGAUGGCGUGGAGAAGCACCUCCUGAGAGAGUCGUUUAAGGGGCUGAACUUGAUCCCUGACGAAAUCCUAUGGAGACGCAAGGAGGCCUUUAGUGACGGAGUGACCUCCAACAAGAAGUCCUGGUUCAGCUACCUGCAGGACCAUGUAGAGACUGAGGUGAACGACGCCCAGUUGGAGAGCGCAGCUAAAGUGUUCCCCCACUGCACCCCUAAAACCAAAGAGGCCUAUUACUACCGCCAGGUGUUUGAGAAGUACUACCCGGGCCGGGCUGGCUGGCUGUCCCAUUACUGGAUGCCCCGGUGGAUCAAGGCCACCGACCCCUCGGCCAGAACUCUCGCCAUCUACAACCCCGACAAGGGCGAGUGACUGGCCGCGCGUCGCCAUGGGAACAGCACUUCCUGUCCGUAGCCCCACCAGAGCUCAGCUUCCCCUGAAAUGUCAAAAAAUAAAUGGUCAAAUAUG